AUGGUAUCUGUCGUAAGAGUAGUUGAGUAUACAAACAUCCCACAAGAAGAUCUUGAAUCUUCCCCGGGAAUUGUAGGUCGAACUGGUGCAGGAAAAUCGUCGUUGAUAGGAGCGUUAUUUAGAUUAGUACUCAAUGAAGACAAUAUCACUAUCGAUGGUAUAGAAAUACACGAAAUAGGAUUACACGAUUUACGUUCCAAAAUUUCAAUAAUUCCUCAAAAACCAAUUUUGCUUCCGGGAUUAAUGCAAAAAAACUUAGAUCCCUUAAACGAAUACCCUCGGAACGCUUUAGAAGAAGCAGAACUCAAAACCAAUGUAGAAGAUUUACCCGACGAUCUGAACUUAAAAAUGUCGGAGAGCGAAUCUAAUUUCAGUAUUGGUCAAAGUCAAUUAGUGUGUUUAGACAGAGCUAUAGUGCGUAGUAACAAAAUCCUUUUGCUGGAAGAAGCUACUGCCAAUGUCGAUUCACAGACCGAUGCUUUGAUUCAAAAUACGAUAAGAAAUUAGUUCAGGUCAUGUACAGUAUUAACGAUCGCUCAUCGUCUGAACACAAUUAUGGAUUCUGACAGAGUGCUUGUUAUGGAUGCUGGAACAAUGGUCGAAUUCGACCACCCGUAAAACUUGUUGAAAAAUAAAGAUGGAUUUUUUUACAAAAUGGUAGAACAAACGGGAUCAGAAAUGUUUGAUUAUUUAUAUAAAAUUGCAAGUGAGAGUUUUAUGAACAUUGCUCAAGAAAACAACAAAGUUAUAACGUAAUUGCUAAGGUAUAGCAGAUCUUAAAUGUACACGAAUAAUUGUCAGAUAUAAUUUAUUAUUGUUUCUUAUUUACUCAGUAAAUUUUCAGCACCACUGACUGUAUAUUAUUAAUAUUUUAUA